CUCACAUGGCAUUUGUUCUCAUCAUGAUCACAAUCAACUUAAUCUAUUAAUAAAAUACUUUCUCUGUUACUUUGAGAUUGGUACAUGGCAAUGACUAUGGACAGUUAAAAUCUCAUAAAUACAGUCCAAUUUCAACCUCAAGCUUCGUACAACCAUAAAAAUAAUAUCAUUCCUAUAGUUUUGAUUGUGCAGGAGCCAUGUCAGCUGUAGUAAGAACUGUCACUUCCCAGAGUACAGGAAACAUUCUAUCUUCUAAUUUAAACUCUGAUUUGAAGGAAAAUACUGAUAUUUGCAAGGAUUUGAUCAAAGAAAUCAGCAAUAAAGUUGUUAUUGCUGAUGGAAAUUCUGCUGUUAAGGAGACUGAAAACAGUAAGAAUGAUGAACAUACUGAGAAGACUCAUCUUAAGGAUGAUGAAAGUUCAAGCAAUCAGAAUCAACUGCUUAUUAGAAACAUUGGCCUUACAGAUGUUAGAGAGAAGAAAAGCCUACAAGUGAAGAUGUUGAGCCUCAAUAUAUAUUCACCUGGUCGAACUGAUGUAGCGUUGCCAAUUCCAUUUCCUUGUACAACUUCCCAAAAUACACUUUUUACCCUCAAAGAAGGAAGCAAAUACCGCAUUACAUUAAAUUUUAACGUCACUCAAAAAGUUGUUAAAAAACUCACUAACAUUUACACAGUUUGGAAAGCUGGAAUUAGAGUGCGCCAAACUACGAAAUUAGUAGGCACGUUUAGCCCACGACAAGAACAAUAUACUUUUGAAUCUGAUCAAGGAAUUACUCCUUCUGGAUUCUUUGUUAGGGGUUCUUUUAUGGUCCGAUCUAAGUUUGUGGAUGAUGAUGGAAACUGUUACUUGGAUACCACUUACUACUUUGACAUUAGGAAAGACUGGGGAGCUUAGAGAGAAGUGUUAAGAUUUCUAACGUUAAUGUAAAAGUAAUAAAAAUGUUGUCUUUGAACUUUUCUAGUAGCCUGUAUUUUUCAAGGAAUUAUAGUUGUAGAAUUGAAGUUCUAGCUUUGUUUUGGUCUUAUUAAUCAUAUGCGAGUAAUAUAUACCUUUAAUUGUUUCGAGGGUUUUUAUGUUAUUAAAACUUCAAACUUUUUUUUUU